ACCCACACCACACCAAACCCCCAGAUUCACUACGGCGGCGCAUCUGCCUUUACAUAUAAUAGAAUUUGCUGCCAUGCCGGCGCUUCGCAGUACAAUCGAUCGUCUCGAUAAGCCUAGCUCGUAUGCGACGGCCAAGAAGCGCAAGCGCCACCAGAACACACGCGACGACGACCGCGGCCGAUCGCCUUCACCCGAAGACAAACUGCGCGAUGCAACCACGCUCUACGUAGGCAACCUGUCCUUCUACACCACCGAAGAGCAAAUCCAUGAGCUCUUCUCAAAGUGCGGCGAGAUCAAGCGCCUGGUCAUGGGCUUGGACCGCUUCCAAAAAACUCCCUGCGGGUUCUGCUUUGUUGAAUACUAUACACAUCAGGAUGCGCUCGACUGCAUGAAGUACAUUGGCGGCACCAAGCUCGAUGAGCGCGUUAUUAGGACUGAUCUGGACGAGGGCUUUGCCGAGGGAAGGCAGUAUGGACGUGGAAAGAGCGGUGGACAGGUACGCGACGAGUAUCGGGCAGAGUAUGACCCUGGUAGGGGUGGCUACGGUAGAGCCGUUGAUGAAUAUCACGAGGCGCAGUAGGAGCUGUAGUAAGCUCCCGUCCAUGACAUUCGGGUCACAAAUUACUGCAUACAUGGGAGUCUGGAGUUUAUGAUAUGGUACUGAGUAACAUCAGUCUAGGUACCUUGUAAAAACACACUAGCAUCCUCCAACGUCUAUGGCGCCAUGUUCUGAAAUGCACUGCAACUCAUUUGGUUCCAUAGCCAAGUUCAAACUGCCUUCUUUCCUCGACAGCCUUCACUACUUGACUCAACCACCAAGCGUGUAUCCGCGCGUCAUUGGUCAGUUCAGGGUGGAAACUGCACCCAAAUACGUUGCCCUGUCGCACUGCGAUGAUAUCUUCGCUGCCGGAGUCAUCAUGUUGCUGAUUCACUUGUAGUGGCUUCGCGUCGGUGGAGAGUGUAGCCAUAAUCUCAACUUCCUGGUCCAGCUCCUUCCUCGCCAAGUCGUCCACUGGAGUCUUGCUUGGCGCAACGAUGGUAUCAUCUCGCUCCUGCUCUCCCUCUUGUAUGCCUACCGCCUUUUUGCUCGGCAGCACCUUCUCCACCACGGGCGCGCGAAUGAAGACGCAUCGAUAAGGCUCGUUCUUGCUGGUCUCUUUGGUCGACUCAAGGAACGGCAGUCGUAGGUUUGCCUGGAAACUCUCCGUCUGUCUUCCGAAAUGAUUCCUAUUAACCCGGACGUCCAAUCCUCCGAUCAAAUCCUGUCCACCCUUCUUCGUCCGAUUUGCACUUUCCGCUAGUAAUAUCAACCCUGCGCAUGUUCCCCAUGUAGGCCGCCGCUGGACUUUGACAAAGUCGCGUAGUGGUUCGAGGAGAUUACUGCGCGCCGCCACAAGAGACAUUGCCGUGCUUUCGCCACCCGGUAUGAUCAGACCGUCGCAUUGCUCGAGCUGGUUUGGCGUACGGACCUGGAUGAAUUGGAAUUUGAGCGACGAGGGCAGACUGGACGAGGCAGAUCGGAGCAGUUGGACGUGUUCGCUGAAUGCGCCUUGGAGGGCGAGGACGCCGACUGUGAUUGUCUGACCACCGUUUUCUACUGUCAUUUUGAAAAGAAUUUUAAUGCGACUCCAAAAACGCCGUGAACAUAGGAAAGAAAAGUAACCCCAGACCAAG